AUGAAGUUCAUCUACUUAGAUAUUCGAAAAUAUUUCUUAAACCGAAAGUCAGAAAUAAGAAACAUAUUGCAAGAUGAGAAUCGUCUCAACUUCAAUCUCAUGGUCUUUCGUUAUUUUUUUUCAACUUCUUUCUUCACUACUGGAAAUAUCAAACGAACGAUGGCGCAAUGCUUUCACCUCAACAACUCACGAACAACUAAAGCGGCAGAAAAAAAGAAUAUUGGAGAAACACCAAACGGUGAAGAAAUUGGAUUGAAACAUUGA